AUGGCACCAAACAGUACUCAACUUCAGAGUAUGGCCCAGAAAGACAGUGAGUCUUUUAAAGAAUAUGCACAAUGCUGGAGAGAAUUGGCUGCAAGGGUGCAUCCGCCGCUGGGUCAUACAACAGAGAAUUGCAAGGUGUUAAAGCUCCGGGUCCAAGAGUUGAUAGAUCAUAAAAUAUUGUCUUUUUCUGAUGUUCCAAAUGUGGGGAACAAUCCUUUGCCUAAACAUGAUGUUUCAGGUGUCAAUGCUAUAGACAGUUCAACUGAUGAUGUAUUGGUAAAGGAUAUGUUCAAGUUUAAGACUCUUUUAACAGUGGUCCAUGCUAGAUUGAUGGAAGCAGAAUUGAUGAAUGGAGUACAUGAUAAUUGUGUGGUGUGCUCAUCCAACCCUGAUCAGUGUGGUGAAUUCAAAAUUUGUCUUCAACGUUUGAUGGAUCAGCGGGUUAUUAUGUUCACUAGAGCAAAGAUUGAUGAGGAUGUUGUUGUGAUUAUGCUUGUAUUUGAUCAAGAGAGGCUUCCCAAGCCUUUUGUGGUCCCUUAUCGGAGAAAUGUUGACCUAGAGCCAGUGAAGAAGAUUGAGCCCAUGAUUAUCUAUGUUCCCACUCCAUUCUCAUUUGACAGUACCAAAGCAGUGCCUUGGAACUAUGAGCCUAUAGUUUAUGUGGUUAACAAACCAGUAAUCUUGAAAGAGCAAGACGUGACUAACAUCGCUGGAGCUAGUAGUGUGACUCGAAGUGGAAGGGUUUUCGCUCCUGAAGUGAUCCCAAACAAAGAAAGUGCACCAACAGUUGAACCAAUGAAGGGGAAAGAGGUAAAUCCUCCAGAAGCAGGAGAAGGCUCAUCUAAGAAAGCAGUGAAUGCUGAAGAGGAUAGAGAAUUCUUAAAGAUCAUCAAGAAGAAAGGCAUCAGUGUUAUUCAGUUUGAUGAUGUGGUUGCUAAUCUCAAUGCUAGUAGUUGUUUGAUGUUCACUGAUGAUGAUUUACCCCCUAAUGGGCGAGAACAUAAUAUGGCGCUUUAUAUCUUCAUUCAGUGUACAGAUGUUACUUUGGCUCGAGUACUGGUAGAUACAGGUUCAUCCUUGAAUGUGUUGCCAAAGACUACCAUAACACAAUUGAAUAUUGAAGGGGUGCAGAUGAGACCUAGUGCUUUGAUAGUGAAAGCUUUUGAUGGGUCUAAGCGAAUGGUUAUUGGGGAGAUUGACCUCCCAAUCCUGAUUGGACCUCAAACUUUCUGUAUUACCUUCCAAGUAAUGGAUAUUAGGCCUGCCUAUAACUGUCUGUUCGGUAGACCUUGGAUCCAUGUUGCUGGAGUUGUCACCUCGACACUCCACCAAAAGCUGAAGUUUGUUACUUCUAGUAAGCUGGUAUCAGUAUCCGAAGAGGAAGAUAUUUUCGUCAGCCAUUUGCCUUCAUUCAGAUACAUUGAAGUAGGUGAAGACAUUAUUGAAACUCCUCUCCAGGCCCUUGAAGUGGUCAACGUGGUCCAGACUAAGCCGAAGCCUGUCGAAGAACCCAAAGGGGUCAUGUCCUCGUGGAAGAGUGUGAAAGAUGCAAUUGAAGUUGGUUGCCCUGGAAGUUGGGGCACAAUGAUUGAAUUACCAGAGAAGAAAGACAAAUGUGGAUUAGGAUAUCAGUCGUCUAUUGAACUGUUCAAAGAUCAGAAGAUACUUCAGGAGAAGGUUCCUAGCAUCCAAGAAAUAUUCUCCAAAGAUGGUUUCCGAAGUGAUGAUCAAGUGAAUGCUCUUAAGGAUUAA